GUGUAGGGGCGGGGAUUAGGCAGCAUCACCGCCUGAUGCAGACUCUCUCCGUUCCGUUAAUCUCCGGCCUGAGGUCCGCCUGCUCUCCUCCGGUUCUCCUCCGGUUCUCCUCCGGUUCGUCGUGCCAGCCCAGCGCCGCUCUCCGAGCCUCUCGGCGGGUCUUCAGUGCGGGUCUCCGGGCAGGAAGCGGGGGAUGAAGGCGGUGCAGUGAAGCCCGGAUCGCCCCCUCCCUCCCCCGUGUCCUCUGCGGAGCGGAGCCGGGCUCCCCUCUCCUGCGGCGGAGACAUGAGGCGAGCACGGGCCGGUGCGGCGGCGCUGACAUUGUGGCUCCUGCUGGAGUGUGUCGAGGCCAAAAAGUACUGCUGGUACUUCGAGGGCGGAUAUCCCAUCUACUUCAUAUGUCGCUCUUACGAGGACUGCUGUGGGACCCGCUGCUGCGUGAGAGCUCUGUCCAUCCAGAGACUCUGGUACUUCUGGGUUCUCCUCAUGAUGGGCGUCCUGUUCUGCUGCGGCGCCGGCUUCUUCAUCCGGAGGAGGAUGUAUCCGUCGCCGCUGAGAGACGAGCCGGCGUUCAACGUGUCGUUCACCCCGCCCCCGGUCACCACGCCAGCCGGGCAGCAUGCCGGCUUCGGGAUGAACGGCGGCGGCGUCGACCCGCCGGGCGUCCCGCUGGCGUACCCGGCGCAGCCCGGCUCCGCCCACUUGAUGAUGACCUCAUACCCUCCACCGCCGUCCUACUGCAACCACCCGCCGCCGCCCUACGAGCAGAUCUUCCAGAACGGAGACAAGAAGUUCUCCCGUCUGUUCGGCCUCAGAGACAACAGCGUGAAACCGUCGCCGUGGAAACGAGGGAUCGGAGCCGAGCGGUGA